UGUAGUUUGGCGGUUUUGCCCAUACUGUACUGGCAUAAGGAAAACCUUACCAGUUCUCUCUUCUCUGUCCGUUUCUAACAAUAAUGUCUCAAAACCAGAAUUCAUUCUCCGAUUAUGGAUCGCUACCCCACCCCACCCCAAUCUGCACCGGAAAACCCCCUCGUCCACCGCCGCGCGCUUUUAAACCGCAUCUGCCUCCAACAACGCCCAUUUUACGCGCUAGAUCCGAUUACGCAACGCGCCGCCCAUGGCGCGUGUUCUUCGACUACACCUCCUUCUCCCGCCCGUACGAUUCCGCCGAGGCCAUGACCCGCGUCCGCCGCAACCUCAACUACUUCCGCGUCAACUACGCCAUGGUUAUUCUCGUCAUCCUCUUCAUCAGCCUCGUGUACCACCCGAUCUCCAUGAUCGUCUUCCUCGUCAUCUUCAUCGCCUGGUUUUUCCUGUACUUCUACCGGGAAGAUCCGGUAAUGAUUUUCGGAAAGAAUUUUGGUGAUCGCCCGGUUUCGAUCUUAUUGGGUUUGGUGACUGUUGUGGCCUUGGUGUUUACUCACGUUGGGGUGAAUGUGCUGGUGGCUCUGAUCAUUGGGGUUCUGGUUUCGGGCCUUCACGCGGCGAUUAGGGGCACGGAGGAUUUGUUUUUGGAUGAGAAUGAGGCUUCUGAAGGGGGAUUGGUCUCGGUAGUGAGUGAAGGACAAAUGAGGCCCGGUCAUAAUUCUCCCACAAUGCGGUGAUGGAUUUCUUGCAAAUUUUUGGCUUUUUUUCUUAAUUUGAGUUCAAGAUUUGAAUCGAUCGAAUUGCUUGGAGAUCCCAAUUUUGAAAUUUUGAUCGAAGAUUUGGAUACAAUUACUCAUUUCUCACUGUUCUUUGGAUACCUCUUGUCCCCCAACUUGGCUCUAUAUUUGUGGUUUGGUGUUGCUUCCCGGGAAUAUAUUGUGAAGAAGGCUUUUUCAAGGAUGAAUGGAGCAGCAUUUCUAAAACAGAGUAGAUUGUGUAGAACAUAUGCCUGCCUGAUUGGGGGGGAAGGUGAAUUCUUUCCCUCUUGUUAUUUUGAUCUUAUAGAAUUAGGUUGAUGUUUGUUGUGUUCAAUUAGGGUUUGCCACUAGUUUUUCUUUUGAUAUUGUGAGUAAGAACUAGCUGUAGAGUCUGCCUUUUUAUUCAGUUAAAAGUCUAUUUUUUAUUUUUGUUUUUUUGAUUGCAUUGUAUGGUUUCUUGCUGGUCUCUUUAAACUUCAAGUUGUGAUGAUUUGAGACCAAAAAAAUUAAAAAUAAAUAAAGAAAAAAGAUACUUGCGAGUCUUGAUUA